AUGCCGCAGAGAAGCGUUGUCCCGCGGGAACGGCAUAAACGUCCGCGUCAGAGUGGCGUGGAGACACGGAGGGUGAAGGUCACGUCACAACGCAGCGGCAUGAUCACACAUGAAAACAUUUGCCGCCACGAGGACACGGAGGCGUCGCAGGAGUCCGACCGUCUUCCCUCAGCAGCCUCGGCAGCGGCGGCAGCAGACAUACAGAAUGAGUUGAAGGGACAGUUUGACGCCUGUCAGUUAAUUGAACGGGAUGUGGCCUCACUGCUGAAGCGACGAGAACAGUCCACGGCAGUGAUGGGCAACAUUCUCUCACUAAGAAACAUUUCACCCUAUGAUAUAAUACGUCUUAAUGUUGGGGAUGAGACUUUUACUGUGCCUCUUCAGCUUCUAUUAAGUAAAGAUGGGAAACCAAACUACUUUGAUGUCCUUUUUGGGUUCUGCAAAGGCAGCGCAUUGGGUGAAAAUGAGGAGAUCCAGGAGCAGGAUGAUGGUGAUAGCAAUUCCUACAGCAAUCUCAUGCAGGCCCCGUUGUUAGAUGAGACGGGGGCACUUUUCAUCGACAGAGACCCUGCCACGUUUCGUCUCAUUCUUAAUUACCUUCGCGGUUACCGCAUGCUAACCCUGCUCAACGACGACCAACUGUCGAUGCUGAAGACGGACGCACGGUACUUUCAGAUUAGUAGCUUAAUGGAUGAUCUGGGCGCUCAAACCACGGAGAGCAUCGUUAAGUUUCGGCCUGGUCCAGGCGUGAACCCCGAGCGAAAUCGAUUUCGCGUCAUCUACGGUGUCGCCAUAGUUGGCCAACGCUUUCUCAUUACGGGACGUCACCGCAUCACGUUUCAGAUUCUUAACAGCGAUUAUGUCGGUAUUGGGUUGGUCUCAGACUCCUGCGUUAGCACCGACCAGGAAUUUCACAGGACUUCGCACUGUUGCGUGUACUAUAUGACCGGUGUCUUUUAUUCAAACUUUCCGCAUCAUCGAAAGGAAGAUGGACUCGAGGCGUUGGAAAAGGAUGACUACGUGUCACUCAUGGUGGACAUGAACAAACGUGUGGCGGAGUACACCUUAAAGAAUUCAACGAAGAUGAUAUCGCUCGGCAACGCCCGGAAACUUCGAUUUGCUGUGGCUAUGAAGUUGAGUUCGAGUGUGCGGAUUGUCCCGGAGGAGGAGGCACAACAGCUUCCCCUCCUUCAGCGGAAGACACAGACAGAUGCUGUCCUGCUUGGGAACCGUACACCGACGACCAUGGGCGACGACCGUGAGACGCUGACGCAGGUCUCGCAGCCAAACGGCGCUGGCUCGCUGGUCCCGGGUGGAAUGCAGGAGCCGAUCUUGUUGCGACGGGCACAGGGUGCAACACCCUUGUUCCUUUCACGUAGUUUGGAUGGGAAUGGGCGUUCCAGCUUCACUGAUGGGCUUGGAAGAACGGCACGGGCUAUUGUUCUCAGCUCCUUCACCAGUGGUUCUUUGCCUAACGAUAUCAAUGAAAUAGAUCCGCUUCUCUUCAUCCCUGGGAAUAGAGAUCCGCGUGAAGACGCGUAA